AUGCGGUUGCGGAGAACAAAUUAUUUCUCUCUCUCUCUCUCUCUCUCUCUCUCUCUCUCUCCCCUCAUAGAGCAGAACGCAGCCGUAAGUUUUCCUCCCAUCUCGGCGAUUGACGAAGAGAACCCAAGGGUAGGUGGCGAGGGCGAUUGAGGAAGAGAAAGACCCAGGGCCAGGCGGUGAUGGCGAGAGACAGAGAGCACAAUCCAGCGGCGGCGGCGUCGAUUGACAUCGAUGAUUGUGACGAAUCCGGCGACGAAGGUUAAGAGGUUAGUAAAGCUUAAUAUCCAAACAUGCAUGGAAUUUUUGGUUUGUUUUUCUCCUUCGCAUCUACGUUUCUCAUCGAUUUCGCUUUUCUUUUUUGUAUUUGGUUGAAGGCUUGAAGGGAAGUGAUGGCGUCGACCGUCGAGCAAAUCUUGGUUUGGGGGCUCGAACUUCGUCGGUCGUCGAGCAGAUCUUGGCCGCCAAGCCUUCUCCUCCCUUCGUUUGCAAUCGCCGACGGGGACUUGAACUCUGCUGCCGUUCUCCUCUUUUAUCGCCGAGGGAUCGCCGCCAAGCCUUCACUUUCUGCUGGUGAUUGUUGUGAGAAUGAGGUUUGGGUGGGCUAGGGUUUCCUUAGAGAAAUGGAAAAAUAGAUGUAGCGGGCUUGGGGUUGUGUGGGCUUGGAUUUGUGUGGGCUCAGGGCUUGGAGUUGUACACUGUGACUGUUUGUUCAGUUGGUCGGUUCGGAAAUCGAAAAUUGGUUUCGGUUGAGAAGAUCCUGGUUUCCGAACUCUUUAGUUUUGGCUUCCGAUUUUCGAACCGAAUAAGAAUACUUCGGUUUCGGUUUGGUUGACUUCGGUUUCGGUCCGGUUCGGAUUUACCGAACCGGAUGCCCACCCCUAAUUGUAGAAGCUAAAAUAAAUAUUGUCCAAUCCCAAACUCCCAUGUUCCAAUACACGAGAAACAGAGUAUCAACUUAUCGCUCCCUCUACGUGAAGCCGAAGGAAGUCGAGCACAAGUUUCCCGAUGGUCGUUGAUCUUGCUGAUGCGGCGGCGACCGAGGUUGAUUACGAAGAACCGGAGGAGGCGACCAUGAAGAACCGGACAAAUUUUACAGGAUUUCAAGGCUAAGGUUCAACCCAGAAAAGAGCAAAUAAUUCUGUGCAGGGAUCGAAGAGGCAGAGCUUGCCAGACUAGCACAGUUAGCUGGGUGUCAGAAAGCUUCAUUACCAGUUUGUUAUCUGGGAGUUCCUCUCAUAGCAGGGAAUUUUACUACAAGUGACUGUAGAGUGUUAACUGAGAAGAUCACAAAACGCAUUUCUGGAUGGAAGUCUAAGAUGCUCAGCUACGCAGGUAAACUCCAACUCAUUACUUUUGUCUUGAGUAGUCUAUCCUACUUUUGGAUGAAUGUUUUCCUACUACCACUGUCCAUCAUAAAGGAGAUAGAGCAAAAAUGUUGUAAGUUUCUCUGGGGCAUAGAUGAUGAAUCCAUGAUGAAAAAAGCGAUAAUGGCCAGGGAUUUAUUAGCUAUCCCAAAGAAGGAAGGGGGGCUAGGCAUUCGUUGUCUAAAAACAUGGAAUAUAGCUUGCACUACGAGACACAUAUGGGCUCUGCUUGCCAAAGAGGGGUCUUGGUGGGUUGCAUGGAAUUACCAGUAUCGUAUUAAACAUCUCACUUUUUGGGAAUUAAGAGCAGGUAGUACUGCUUCUUGGGUUUGGAAGUGAUUGCUAAAGGUUAGCGAUAAGGUGGAAGAUUUUUUUCAAUGUUGGGGAACACAGGUUUAUUGGAAUGAUAAAAGGAUGUUGAGAUACUCUGUAAAAUAGGUUUGGCAGGAUUUACAGCCGGUUAGACCUCUAGUUUCCUUGUAUCAGCUUGUAUGGGGAAGACACUCUAUUCCUACACAUAGUUUCUUGGUUGGAUUGUGGCACGCAACAGGAUAAACACAUUGGAUCAUUUGAAGGGCUGGGGGAAGGUGUUGGAUAAUAAAUGUCUGCUCUGUUAUGCUCAUACAGAGGAUCGAGACCAUCCAUUCUUCCAAUGCCAAUAUACAUUCAAGGUGCUGAAGGGUUGCCUGCAAAUGCUUGAUUAGAGAUGUCCUCAGCUAGCCAACUAUGAAGACUACUUGACGUGGGUUGUGAGGAAUUUUAAAGGUAAGAAGGCGUUAGCUAUAGUUGGUCGUUUGGUUUGGAAUUUAGUAGUAAGCAUGGUUUGGAGGGAACGGUGUGGCAGACUGUAUGGGAGUAAAUCAAUGCAGUAUGGGGAGGUAAUUCGUACCGUUCGAAGACUAAUUGAGUUGGCCUGGCAUGGAAAUGCAGCAUUGGAUAUUGAUUGCCGAGUAGUUUUUAUUGAGUAAGUACAAGUUAGCAGUAGAGUGUAGUAGCAGUGGAGUGUAGUAGAUUUUUGUUUGCUGUAUAGUAGUAGUGUGUAGUAGUGCAUGUUUAGUCUGCUGCAGAGUGUAAAGAUCAAGAUGUAUUAAACACAUAGAGCUUAAAUAAAAAGAAUUUAUAUUG